CUAGGGUUUUCGAUUUCUCUUCUUCAACCAUGGAUAUGACUACUUGUGUUGCUAGAAGAACUCGUUCAAGGACUGAAUCUUACUUGAAUUCGAUUCUUAAUAGAUCAAAGGGGAUUAAUGGAGAAGAAGAUUCGUUAAAUUCGAGGACGGAGAAGAGAAGAGUGAACAUGCGUGAUGCUUGUUCACCGUCUCCGAGGAAGAAGAAACGACGGCGGAGAAAGGUUAGUGAGGAUGAUGACGACGACGAUGUUGAAUUUAUCAGAACUGAUUAUCCAGAAGGUAAGCGUGAUGAUGAGAAUGUUGGUUCUACUUCUGGGAAUUUUGAAUCGAAAUCGCUUGAUUUUUCUGAUAGGGUUUGUGAUUUGGGAGGUGAAGAGAGAAUUUCUAAUUUUAACCCUUUAUCUCCGGAUGAUGAUGAUGUUGUUUUUGUUAGAACUGUUUUGAGAGAGAAUGAUCAUGUUGGUUCUGCUUCGGUGGUUUCUCCUAGGGUUUGUGAUUUUGAUGUGGAUGAUGCUGAUUUGAGGGGUGAGGAGAAAACUUCUAGUUUGGAUCCUUUAUCUCCGGAUGAUGAUGAUGUUGUUUUUGUUGGAACUGUUCCGGGAGAGAACGAAGAUGUUGAGGAUGGUAAUGUUGGUUCUGGGGUUUGUGAUAUUCUUUUGGAUGAUGUUAAUUUGAGGGGUGAGGAGAAGACUUAUGAGUCUGAUGAGGUUGUGAGUCUAAGUUUUAAUUCUGAUGAUGAGGAAUGUGGGACUGAUUCAGGAGAGGAAGUUAGUGGUGAAGAUAGAGAUUCUGGUGAGAUUGAUAUGAAUGAAGAUGCUAAUGACCCAUCUUAUAACAUGGAGGAAAGUUCAGAUCCUUCUUGUGAGGAGAGCUCUGAUAGUGAUUUUGUUCGUUCUGAGGAUGAAGAGGGUGGUACCGGAGACGUUGCUAAAGGCGAAAAGAACCCAAGUGAAAAAGUAUACUACCAUAAAAAGUCGAGGACUUUUCGUAGGAAGCAUAACUUGGAAGUAAUUAACCUGCUAGCUAAAUCUAUUUGGGAGAGCAAAGACGUUUUCAAGGAAGACAUUUGCUCCGGGGACAAAAUAGCAGAGGUUGAUUCUAGAGAAGAUGCUAUAAAUAGGGAGAGCUCAAGUGAAAAGGUAAAUGAACAGGGGAAACCAAGGGAACUGAGGAGUUUCCAUAGGGUGAAGGAGAAGAACCACUUGAAUGGUGAGAAUUUUUAUGGUGGCGGAAAACUAUGUGAUGGCGAAGAGACAAUACACUACUCGACAGAAGAUUCACCUCCUUUAAACUUGAGAUUUGGCUGCGAGGAGCCUGUGCUUAUCGAGAAAACAGAAGAGGAGAAAGAAUUAGACAGCUUGUGGGAAGAUAUGGCCGUUGCUCUAACAUUGGAAGGAAUGAACUCAUCUACUCCUGAUAAAAAUGGAGAUAUGCUAUGUAGCAAAGGGACGCACGACUUUGUCCUGGAUGAGGAAAUCGGUUUGAAAUGCCUCCACUGUUCGUAUGUGGCUGUCGAGAUCAAAGACAUCUCACCAGCUAUGGACAAGUAUCGUGCUAGUGUUAACGACAAUACGAAAUCUAGUGAUAAAAAGGGUGACCCUUUACCUAACAGGCUUGACUUUGAUGCUUCAGAUCCCAGCAGUCAUGUCGCCCCUUUGGAUAAUACAGAAGGAACUGUCUGGCAAUACGUCCCUGGCAUCAAAGAUACUUUGUACCCACACCAACAAGAAGGCUUUGAAUUUAUUUGGAAGAACUUAGCUGGGACAACAAAACUUAAUGAGUUGAACAGCGUAGGGGUUAAGGGAAGUGGCGGAUGCAUUAUUUCGCAUAAGGCUGGAACUGGUAAGACACGCUUGACCGUCGUUUUUCUCCAGUCAUACUUAGAACGGUUUCCAAAUAGCCAUCCUAUGGUCAUAGCUCCUGCAACUCUAAUGCGUACGUGGGAAGAAGAAGUCAGGAAAUGGAACGUAAAUAUUCCAUUUUAUAACAUAAAUAGUCUGCAGUUCUCAGGGUAUGAGGAUGCUGAAGCUGUCUCACGUUUAGAGGGAAAUAGGCAUCAUAAUUCCAUCCGUAUGGUUAAGCUAGUUUCGUGGUGGAAGCAGAAAAGCAUUCUUGGAAUUAGCUACCCUCUGUAUGAGAAGCUCGCGGCAAAUAAGAACACUGAAGGAAUGCAAGUGUUUAGGAGGAUGUUGGUAGAAUUGCCGGGGUUACUGGUCCUUGACGAGUGCCACACCCCGAGAAACCAGAAUAGUCUCAUUUGGAAAGUGCUUACUGAAGUCAGAACAGAAAAGCGUAUCUUUCUGUCAGGGACACUGUUCCAGAAUAAUUUCAAGGAACUUUCUAACGUCUUAUGCCUGGCAAGACCAGCUGAUAAAGAUACGAUUUCUUCGAGGCUACAUGAACUUAGCAAGUGCAGCCAAGAAGGAGAACACGGAAGGGUGAAUGAAGUAAAUAGAAUUGUGGAUCUUAAGGCUGUGAUUGCCCUUUUUGUGCAUGUCUACGAAGGAGACAUUCUUCAAGAAAGCCUUCUAGGUCUAAGAGACUGUGUUCUGGUGUUGAACCCGCCUUUUCAACAGAAGAAAAUUCUGGACAGAAUUGACACUUCUCAAAGCACAUUUGAAUUUGAGCACAAGCUUUCAGCUGUUUCAGUACACCCAUCUCUGUAUUUGUGCUGCAAUCCGACGAAAAAGGAAAACUUGGUUAUUGGGCCAGCAACAUUAGAAACUCUGAAGACGCUUAGACUUAAGUACAAGGAAGGUGUGAAAACAAAGUUCCUUAUCGACUUCAUCCGCAUCAGUGGAACCAUGAAAGAGAAAGUGUUGGUGUAUAGCCAAUACAUUGACACUCUAAAGCUGAUCAUGGAGCAACUCAGUGAAGUAUUUGGCUGGACUGAAGGGGAAGAAAUUCUCUUUAUGCAUGGUAAAGUUGAACAAAGAGACAGGCAGUAUCUGAUCGACAACUUCAACAAACCAGACAGUGGAUCUAAAGUUCUACUGGCAUCAACAAAAGCAUGUUCCGAGGGUAUCAGUCUUGUUGGCGCUUCAAGAGUUGUGAUUCUUGAUGUUGUUUGGAACCCUUCUGUUGAAAGCCAAGCCAUAAGUCGGGCUUUCAGACCUGGUCAAAAGCGUGCUGUGUUCAUUUACCAUCUCAUGGUGAAAGACACAUCUGAGUGGAACAAGUACUGUAAGCAAAGUGAGAAACAUCGCAUAUCCGAACUGGUCUUCUCUUCUACCAAUGAGAAGGAUAAGCCGAUCAACAACGAAGUUGUUUCCGAAGAUAAAAUCCUCGACGAGAUGGUUCGACACGAGAAGCUGAAACACAUCUUUGAGAAGAUACUUUAUCACACAGGAAUCUGACAUGUUUACCAGCUUCUUCUGAUUGAAAUAUCAUUUUCUUUCUGUUAAUCCCACUCUGAGACUCUAGGCGUUUAUAUUACUUAAGUUCCAGCUUUGGAACAGAUGACUCUAGCAAUAUGUAAUUCUCUGAUACGAUUUCUUCUAGCUAAUGAAGUGUGUAUUUUCCA